UUCCUUUUCUGCUAAACAUGCCUGGCAACUAGAAUGAAUUUGCGCCUUGCGUUUUUGAGAAGUGAUACCGCAUUCGACGGGACAACAUGUUUAAAAGCUGAAAGUCAGUUAAAUGCCACUUUGCUCGUAGCUGCAGUAUAAUUUUAGACUGUGGAGAGUCCACGGGUUCCAGCACCAACCUCCUGAUCAUCCUGAUGGUGUUCUGGGCUCUGAUUGGACAAUUCUAAUACAGAAAGUUAUUGCAGCAAUGUGGGAGUUCCGGUCCAUGUCUUUUUGGCGGGCUGUGUUUGCCGAGUUCUAUGGCACCAUGUUCUUUGUGUUUUUUGGCCUGGGAUCAGCUCUGCGUUGGACCACUGGACCACACAACGUGCUCCAAGUGGCUUUCUGCUUCGGUCUGGCAGCUGCCACACUUAUCCAGUCCAUCGGCCACAUCAGCGGUGGCCACAUCAACCCGGCUGUCACUUUUGCCUACCUGAUUAGCUCCCAGAUGUCACUGUUUCGUGCUUUCUUCUACAUCUGUGCUCAGUGCUUUGGAGCGCUAGCUGGAGCCGGUGUGCUGUAUGGGGUCACGCCAAACAAUAUGAGAGGCAAUCUUGGCCUGAACACGCUUCAGCCAGGCAUCAGUGUGGGAAUGGCCACCACCAUAGAGAUAUUUCUGACUCUGCAACUCGUGGUUGUGGUCUUCGCUGUGACAGAUGAGAGGCGAAAUGGACGACUGGGGUCUGCUGCCCUGUCCAUUGGCUUCUCAGUGCUUGUGGGCCACCUGCUGGGGAUGUAUUACACUGGAGCUGGAAUGAACCCUGCCAGGUCUUUUGCCCCUGCUGUGCUUUUUAGGAACUUUAUUAACCAUUGGGUGUACUGGGUGGGCCCUAUGAUCGGCGGUGCUAUGGGCGCUCUGCUCUAUGACUUCAUGCUCUUUCCCCGGAUGCGUGACCUGUCCGAGCGACUGGCUGUGCUUAAGGGCAACCGACCUCCUGAGGCCGAAGCCCAACAGGAGACCCGAGGGGAGCCGAUUGAGCUCAAAACACAAGCCUUAUAAACACUGCCAGGAAACUUUGGAUCCCUGACGCGACACAUACGUACAAUCUUUUUUCAUACACUCCUCACAUACCAACCAAGGUUGCUGUAGGGAGAAUCACACACACUUCCAAAGGCAAUCGAGACACUAUAACCCCUUCCCAAGGACUAUGAAUGAGGGUAAGAAGAGGACUUCCUGUGAAGGACUGCGAUCUGUACCACCAGGUAUAGGGAGUGAGAUCAGGUGGCUCACGCCGCUCAGGGGCACCUCUGUUGUUUCUAGUCUACUAAGAGUGAACUACACUAGAAGUGGACUUCUGCAUGCUUUCCAGUUUCACAGGGUUUAAAUCUCACAUUCAUUUCAGUUGAUUUUUUUCUUUGAUUUUUCAGAGAUGUGACAUGUGUACUAUAUUAUUAUUAGCAUUUUGGAACCGAUUUCUUUACAUUCUAUUUACAGUCGACAUUAUUCAGUUGUGCGUGUGUGUGUUUUCCAAGAGUUUUCAGUUUGGCUCUUUCAUUUCCACCAUUCGCCAUCUGUUUGUAUUAAUGCAAUGUUCUUUUUUUUAUCUCCCUAAAUGAUGGAAACAUUCCUUUGAAUCUUAGUUUAGGUGGAUGUUCAUUCACGACUAAAAGCUUUAUAAAUCCUUUGGGAAUUUGGAUCUCUCUUUGAGCCUGCUUCAAACUGUUGUAUUGUUCAAUUGUGGAAUAACUGCCCAUCGGGCGUUUCUUUAAAAGAACCAGAGUCACAUGAAAUAAUAAACACACAAAACACAA